AUGGACAUUGCGUGUCGGGUGUGCAGAUCUUCUCGCCUGAGGAAAAUCUCGCCGCGCUGGUUCGCCGCUGCUAACGGGCUUAGUCCAGUCGCUGGUCUGCGAUCACAUCGUUCUUGUCUGUCAACUGACGCUUCCCCGGAACAGGCGUCUCCUCCAGAGGCCCAGACUCUGUUGGAUCACAGCCAGAGACCUUUCAAGGCACCGACAGCGACAUCAACCCUCCGGAGUCCUGCUGACAGGCAACAUCGGGAUGCAGGAAGACUUCCAACCUCAUGCCCAGGCUGUGGCGCCCUCACGCAGGAUGUUGAGCCUGGUGAGGCGGGAUUUUACACAAAGUCGAGGAACACGGUGAAGAAAUACCUGAAGGCUGUUGAGUAUGAAUCCCGCCUGGCAAGCCAGCAGGAGGGUGCGGUCGAGGAAGAUGGCGUCCCAAAGCAGACUACCUCCCUAGAGGAAGACGGUGAACAGAUUGAGGGCAAUAUGUCUAUACCUAAUACACCUAUUCGUCCUCCGGUCUGUGAUCGCUGUCACCAUCUAAUCCAUGACUCUCGCGGUGUUCCUAUCGCACAUCCUUCUAUCGAGGACAUUGCAGACUCGAUUGCAGAAUCACCAUUCUCCAAGAACCAUGUAUAUCACGUCCUCGAUGCUGCAGACUUCCCCAUGUCUUUAGUACCUUCGAUUUUCAAGAGCUUGUCUCUAGCGAAGCCACGGAGCCAAAACCGUCGUUCACAACACUCAUUCUCCUCAAAGCCGUCGCUUUCGUUCAUAAUCACGCGGUCGGAUUUACUCGGACCCACCAAGGACAUGGUUGACAAAAUGAUGCCGAAGUUGGUCUCCAUUCUGAGAACGGCUCUAGGGCGCAGAUAUCAGAAUAUCAGACUGGGGAAUGUCCAUCUGGUUUCCUCGAAAAGAGGGUGGUGGACAAAGGACAUCAAGGAGAGUAUCUGGGAGCGAGGAGGGGGCAAUUGGUUGGUUGGCAAGUUCAAUGUAGGGAAAUCCAGUCUUUUCGAAGUGCUAUUUCCCAAAGGCUCCGGUGAAAGGGCUCCGGUAUACGCAGAACUACAACAGCAUCAGCAAGAAACGGACACCGUCGACGAUGCAACAUCGAGCAACUUCCUCUCAGAAAACAGUCUACUCCCGCCACCUCAGCCCGAGGUUCCAUUUCCCACCAUGCCGUUGGUGUCAAAUCUGCCUGGAACCACCGCUUCGCCUAUCAGGCUUCCUUUUGGUAAUAACAGAGGAGAACUCGUCGACCUGCCUGGCUUGGAGCGUGGUGGGCUUGAUCGAUUUGUGCGGCCGGAGGAUAGACUUGACCUGGUCAUGGAGCACCGUCCGAAGGUCCUGCAGUUCAAGAUCAAACCAGGCCAAUCUCUGCUUCUCGGAGGUGGACUUAUUCGGAUCACACCCAAGUUGGAUGAGCAGGAUCCCAGUACGAUAAUGCUGGCUUACCCGUUUGUACCCCUGAAAUCCCACGUCACAUCAACGGAAAAAGCCGUCAGCGCACAAGAAGAGCAACGUGCAAGUGGUGUGGACUCGAUCCUCGCGGAGGACGCACAGCAGGCCAUGGCUCCGGCUGGCAAGUUCUCCCUUCAGACGGAUGUUACAAAGUCCCGAGCAGGGUCCGUGAUCAGGGCAGGGGUUGACGCAGCGAAGUUGCCAUUCAAGGUCUAUGCCACAGACAUUCUCAUCGAAGGGGUGGGCUGGGUCGAGCUUGUCUGUCAGGUGAGAAAGUACCGACACACAACUCAGGCUGCUCCUGUGGAAGCUGAGCCUGUUGGAGAACAAGACUCAAACACAUCAGCUGUCCCUACUGCAGAAGCGGUGUCUAUUGAUACCACCGGAUUCGUCCCUUUCACCACAUCAACUGCGGUCACUGAGGUUGAAACCCAGGAUUUUCCGCAAGUGGAAAUCUUCACUCCAACGGGCAGGUUUGUCGGUCAACGGCCGUCUCUGGAGGUAUGGGACAUAUGGAAUAGCGGCAAGCCCCGGAGUCAAAUUCGGACUGCUCGUCCACGAAGGGCGAUGAGUGGGGCGAAAAAGCAAGGAAAGAAAUUGCGUCGUGCGGUGUCUGACCCGUGA